AUGAGACUUCUCCAUUACCAUGUGCAUAAGCUUCCUCCUCUUUCUCAAUAUACAGGUUCUCUUCAGAACUCUCUGUCGAGGUGUCCCUCUUUACUAUCUGUGCCUCGCUCCCAUCUGUUAGCCUCAGCACAGUGUCUUAAGACUCGGUGUCAGUUUUCAUCUCAGCAGGUACUGAAGAUCCUUAAAACCACACCAGAAGCCUUAAUCCAAGAUCCCAACCACCUAGAGGAGCUCUUCCAGUAUGCAUAUUUUCGGAUGGGUGGGAAACAUGGAGACAUUCUUUCUUCUGGGAUUUUCCAAAAAUCACUAAAUGAGAUUAGAGUUCGGCAUCACUUUCUGGAGCGUCUGGGGAGAUUCAUACCUCCAACCAAAAAAGGCCUGUGUCCUCCUUCCAACCCAAAAAUCAAAGAGAUUGUGCAGUUGUCUGAGGAGGACUUCUUAUCACAAAUUGCACGCUCUUCCUCAGAAGAAUUCAACAUUUUCCAGAAGAUUUUAGAGCGGGAAGAAAUGGAAAGCGCAGAGGCAAUGGAAGAGGACCAAGAUAAUUUAAGUACUGAUGAUGAGUAUUCCGAGACUGAAGAAGAGUCAGAGACAAAUGAUGACUCUGAAGAUGAGGACUAUGCAGAAAGUGUUCAAGGUGAUCAA